UUGAAAGUAGUAGGAAAGAUGUCACGCUAUAGGGAGUGGGAUUUGUCUUGCAAAGUAUAUGUGGGAAAUCUCGGCACAAAUGCCUCUAAAUACGAAAUUGAAAAAGUAUUUUCUAAAUAUGGAAACAUACGGAAUGUGUGGGUGGCUCGGAAUCCACCAGGAUUUGCCUUCGUUGAAUAUGAAGAUCCUCGUGAUGCUGAAGACUCAGUUCGCGGUUUAGACGGAACACGCUGCUGUGGAACACGUAUCCGUGUUGAAAUGUCAAAUGGUCGCACAAGAAGAGAACGCAGAUAUUCUAGGUCCAUUUUAUCAACCAACCACCAACACACCAACGACCUCACCACAUCUCUUCACCACAACUACGGCUUGUUUACAAAUAUGACAUCCGCGAACGCCGCUCGCAACAACAUCCCGCUCAACUUCUGCGACUGGCUCACCAAACUUCAACGCGCAGCUGAAGUCUUCAACAACUGUAUCCCUAUGUCUAUCCUCUUGACCGCCAUCACCUGA